AUGUCUCUCUUUGGCACCUCCCCUCCAAACGAAACCCUGUCCUCCGGUAAUCCAAGCAUGGCGCGAUCUCGAACGUCCUUGUUCGACGAUGAUGGUCCUAUGACUCGGUCGACUUCGGAUACCCUCUUCAAUGAUGAUGAUUUCGGCAGCGGUAGAGCUUCACCUUGGGAUAUACCGACACCUAGGAAACAACAAUCGCGUGCCGACCUUCUUCGGAGACUCCUUGACGGUGUCGACGUACCAGAUAGCUACGUCGAAGCAUUCGAUAGGGCUGUACAAGAGGAUGGGAGUGCCGGCAAGAUCACGUCGUCGGGCGUCGCUAAGACGCUUGCUGCAGCUAAGUUAGGUGCCGACGACCAAGCGCAGAUAAUGGGGAUACUUGCGCCGGCUGGUAGCCUUGAUACGAUCGGUCGCAAUGAGUUUAACGUGUUAAUGGCUCUUAUCGGCCUUGCGCAAGAAGGUGAAUCUAUAAGUUUAGACGGUGUUGAUGAACGAAGACGUAACUUGCCGCAAGCCCGAUUAUCAUCAGUGUCGGCCAAGAAAUCCAUCUUUCCAGAUACUGCAGAACUUGCAGCAAAACCACCGCAGCAGCCCGAAAAUCUACCUAUCCCCUUCGGUUCGCAAUCCCGAGGUAGAAAAUCAUCUAUGGACGGUCCUGAAGACGACCCGUGGAGUUCAUCCGAUCUCCACAAACACCAUAACCACGGAGAGUCGCCCAAGACCAACGGUACCAAUCAUGCUAAUCUGCUGAACGGCAAUGGUUACGGAAAUUCCGAUGCCCCUGAUAUGCACCCUCGCACAACCUCCGAAUUUACCACCUCUACAAUGGCUCCAGCCGGUGUCGCUCGUUCUCAAUCUGCUGGCGGCUCUGUAUCUUCGCAUCCUGGUGGCUGGGGAUAUUUCGAUGGAAACAACCCUGGAGGCCUCGGCGAAGCAUCUUCACAUAACCCGACAAGUCCUUUUGGAGUUCCGGGAGACAGAGAAGGUCGCGAUCCGGGUCCUAACGCAACCAUUGGCCAUUCUAGGACCAUUAGUGGUGGUCGGUCUGGCAUUGCGGUUGAUGAGAACAUCACGGUUUCGCUGAUGCCGGAAAAAGAGGGCUUAUUCUUAUUCCAACAUCACAAUUACGAGGUUACGAGUUCGCGACGCGGCAGCAAGGUUAUACGCAGAUAUAGCGAUUUCGUCUGGUUACUCGAUUGUUUGCACAAGAGAUAUCCAUUUCGGGCAUUGCCUUUACUUCCACCAAAGAGAGUUGCAGUCAAUGGUAACCACCUUUCCAAUGACGGCGCAUUUAUCGAAAAGCGAAGACGCGGCCUAGCUAGGUUCUUAAACACACUGGUCCGGCACCCUAUCUUGGGUCAGGAACAGCUUGUUAUAAUGUUCUUGACUGUCCCAACGGAACUUACAGUAUGGCGCAAACAAGCAGCAAUCUCGGUGGUUGAUGAAUUCACCGGCCGGCCGCUACCGCCUGGCCUUGAAGAAUCCCUGCCACCCUCGUUGGAGGAGCUUUUCGAGCGCACUAGACAGGGUGUUAAACGGUCCGCCGAAUUGUACAUCUCAACUUGUAACAUCAUGGACCGCCUUGUGAAGCGGAGCGAGGGUGUAGCAGCUGAUCACGCUCGCUUAGCUAUGUCCCUUACAUCCCUCACCGAAGCGAGCUCGGAUACCUACGCUACUGAUACUAACGACGUACCUCUUUUAAAUGACGGUCUGGUCGCUAUGAGCCGGCACUUGCAAACGACCCAAAGCUUAAUGGAGGAUGAAAGCAAGGCAUGGGAUGCAGGUGUGUUAGAAGACCUAAAGAGGCAGCGCGACGCACUCGUCAGUAUUAGGGAAUUAUUCGACCGAAGAGAAAGACUAGAUAAAGACAACAUCCCGUAUUUAGAACGGAGGAUCCAGAAUAACGAAACGAAGCUCGCGGGCUUACGAACCAGGCCGGAGGUCAAGCCAGGAGAGAUUGAGAAAGUGGUUGAAGCCAUUAUAAAGGACAAAGAAUCUAUCGUCAGCCAGCACAACCGUUCUAUAUUUGUGAAAGAGUGCCUGCGUGACGAACUUGUCUACUUUCAGCAGACACAGUUCCACGUCAGCCGAUGGAACCAAGAUUGGGCACAAGAACGUGUCAAAUAUUCAGAGAUGUUGGCUGACAAUUGGCGUCGUCUGCUCGACGAGCUCGAGGGUAUGCCCCUUGGCGAUUAG